CAACUCAGAAAAAGUUUUCAGAGAUCAGGAACAGCAGCAGCGAAGGGUCAGAGACAAGAGCCACCUGCCAGACACUGCCCACCCAGCUCUAUGGGCGCUGCCAGACACCCCUGCCUACAUGGGCACUCAGCAGCACUGUGACCUGGAAUAAAGUCUCCCUGGCACUUGGAGGGAUCUGGAGACAUGAUCCAGGCGUUCCUGCGGAGUCCCCUGCACUGAAAUUACUGAUUGAAGACAUAAACAUGGCAGUAAAAGUGUCUGCAGCUUGUGUCCUCCUGUUCCUGAUCUCCUAUGUGGACUCUCAGGGAUCCAAUUUGAAACCAACUUGGCCAACAUACAAAGUUCCUGUUGUUCUUCCUCAGUCGACCACUGGUCUGGAGAAACCUCUGUUUAAUGCAGAACCAAGGCUUGAUGUACCAGGCUCAUGUGGUGCACAAUGCCACAAGCACUUCCCCAUGCCUACUUUGAAUGAACUGAAAGACAACAUGGCCUACGAAACCUUGUAUGCCAACGGGAGCCGCACUUUAACGGAAGUGGGAAUUUAUGUCUUGGCCAACAAUGCAGAUGGUGAAAGAAGCAAUGCUAAAUCCCGUCGUAAAAGGCAAAUCUAUGGGUACGACAGCAGAUUUAAUAUUUAUGGGAAAAACUUCUUACUCAAUUAUCCCUUUUCAACAUCAGUAAAGUUGUCCACGGGUUGCACCGGCACAUUGGUGGCGGAGAAGCAUGUACUUACAGCUGCCCACUGUAUUCACGAUGGUAAAAAUUAUGUCAAGGGGGCACAGAAGCUAAGAGUGGGAUUCCUAAAACCAAAAUUCAAAGACGGUGGUAAAGGUGUCAGCCAAUCGAAUUUGGAAAAAAUGAAAUUCCAAUGGAUUCGGGUGAAAAGAACCCAUGUCCCAAAAGGAUGGAUUAAAGGCAAUGCCAACGAUAUCGGCAUGGAUUACGACUAUGCUUUGUUGGAACUCAAAAAACCCCACAAAAGAAAAUUCAUGAUGAUCGGUGUCAGUCCCACUGGUCGACAGUUACCUGGUGGAAAAAUCCACUUCUCUGGCUUUGACAACGAUAGACCAGGGAACCUAGUAUACCGAUUCUGCGAUGUCAAGGAAGAAACCUACGACCUACUUUACCAGCAAUGCGAUGCCCAGCCUGGAGCUAGCGGUUCUGGAGUUUAUGUCAGGAUGUGGAAACGGGACAAACAGAGAUGGGAGCGGAAGAUUAUUGGGAUUUUUUCCGGGCACCAAUGGGUGGACAAAAAUGGUGACAAACAGGAUUUUAAUGUAGCUGUGCGUAUAACACCUCUUAAGUACGCGCAAAUCUGCUUUUGGAUCAAAGGAAAUUAUAUAGAUUGCAGAGACGGAUAGUAGGCUUCUACUAACCAAAAUUUCAAAACAUUUCCAAGAAUUUUCUUUGGUUAUACGAAAGGCUAAUUAAUGAAUGUACUGUGCAGCCAAUGUGACCGUAUCUUUUUUCUUCGCUUUUCAAACUAGACGAGAGAGUCCAUCAACAUGGAAUGACAAUGGGAGCAUUUUGACUUUAGCUUCUUUCAUUCUACUAAUAAGUAAACGAAUUGGACCCGACAUGUAUCGACGGAUGAAGUUGUUGCCUUUUGUUCCUUCCUUGGAAGCCUCAGCAUAGCUAAUGAAGACUGUCACGUAAAGUCACAUAUUGAUUGGGGGCUUUCUUUAAAGGCUGAAUGGGAAUCAGAAGGUUGCCCAUUGCUCCAUAAUAUAUAAUAUGCACUUUUUCCAGCUUCAUGAUAAGGCUAAUUUACACUGUGUAAAAAUUACGAGUAUAUUUUAUUGACUUGUUAUUUACAUUUUCAGCCCCUCUUUCUUUUUUUUUUGUGGCCAUUUAUUUUUUUUCAUUUAAAUUUUGCAGAUUACAGCAAAAAAAAAAAAGUCUGGUAAAUAAAAUAUGCUUGUAUUUUAUUUUUAUGUAGUGUGAAUUUAGCCUUAAGACUGCAAAUGUGUCUUUUUUUUUAUAAAUUGCUAUUUUCCUACUGAAUGUUUUUUUUUUGUUUCUUUUUUUGCUGAUGUUAAUGAGAAAAGCCUUUUAGUUUUUAUUUUAGUUUUAAAGGGGUACUCUGGUGGAAAACUUUUUUUUUUUAUCAACUGAUGUCAGAAAGUUAAACAGAUUUG